CCAUCAUGCAGUUAUAGGCCCUCGCCACAAGCAAUCAAAGGUCUAACAAGAGUCACCAGGCAUAAUGUUAAAGCUGCCAGCUAUUCAAAUGAACUGUGUAUCACAUUUCGGACAUUUUUCUUCCUUUCUUGGCCUGUGGCCAAAAAGGUACCCAGACUGAACUGCAGAUUUUCAAAGCCAUGAGCUCAAGAUUGUGGCACCAUACCCAAGAACCAAUGCCCUGAUAAAUGCCUACCUAGAUGUAUCUCAUUCAGAACAAGGAAAGUGAUGCCAAGAAUUUGCUGUUCAGACUAUAAAGGCAAGACUUCUUCAGAAUACUCAACUGUUUGCGUUUCAAGUCCUGAAUACAAGGGAUGAUAAUUUUAACAUGGCAUGUCCACAGGUUCUGACUUGAUUCCAACCAAGAAUUAGUGCUCAUCAGAGCAGUUGGGCUUGCCAAGGUCAGAUUAAAUUUCUCUUCCUGCGUGUUUUACUUUUCUUUUAACGGAAAAUUUCUCUGUGGACAAAGCUUGUGACACUUCUAGUAAUUUGCUUCUUCAAAUGAAAAUCUCUAAAUGCCGGUAUGCCACUAACUAAAAACAAAUGAAUAAUGUGAGCAACAUGACACAGGCAAACUGGUGUGGGUAUAUGAAGUCCUGUAUUUAAUUACACAAUAUUAAUUACUGUACCUGAAAAUACAAAAAGAGAAUGCCAGACACUAAUUUAACACAGAAACCGCAGCCUGUGAUGCGUCUGUCCUGAAAGGGGUGUCAUGAUUAGCUAUGAAAGUAUCCUAUGACAUCUCGCUCAUGCAUGUAGCUCACUGUGUUCUGUGAAAUUGAAUGCCAACUGGCUAAGGGCAAACACUUACCAGUAUCUCUAUACAUAUUCAUCACUUGAUACCCAAGGAAAAAGACAUUUUAUUCAAUGAAAUAAUUAAAUUUGACUUGAAUUUCAAAGAUACUUAGGGGGUCAGGAGAUGGGGGUGGGUUCCUUUUUUUGAUUCCUCUGGAAGAGCUAUGAGCAGUGGGGCUACAGCAUUCCCCCCCACACACACACACACACUCACAACAUAGUCUAGCCCCUUGUGAAGCAGAAAGAGCCCUUCCUUGGGAGAUUUUUUCCUGCAACUUCUGUUAAAUUUAAACUGUACAAAACAUGUCUUCAAAGAAUAACUGCUUCACGAUCUAGGGUCUGUAUCCAUGCUCCUAUUAGUUUGAGCCAAGCCAUUACAAUCCACACACUUUAAACUUGUGCCUCUAAAUCCUUUAAAUUCUUCAUGAGAUGUAAAGAUGAAUGUAAACACAUCACAAAUACAUUGAUUUGCUUUAGCCCAAGAGAUGCAUUUAGAGAAACAAUUAAAAAAAAAUUCCAUACUUCUCAUAAAUAGAGGGGUACAUUUCUAUCAGGUUAAUAAACACCUGACAAUGACAAAACUAUAAAUGCCCCUCACAUGACUAAAACAAGUUGAAAGAUCACUGUAAACUCAAGCACAGUGCCACACGUACAUGCAGUUUAAUAGUGUUCAAAAUAGCAGCCUCGACUGUGAACAAUGCCUGCCACGUAUCCCACACAAUGUUUCCACCAUUACUGUGUGGGUGUUCCAUGUCAGUAUACAGUCAUUCCAAACUCAACAUUUAGUACUGCCAUGUCGACCCAGGAAUUUUGUGAAUAGACUAUGAAACUUUGAACUACUGCUUAAACAGAUUAUCACAAGGCAUCCAGCCUUACAGUGGCAGUUGAGAAGGGGAUGGUUCACGGGAUUCUCAAAGGAACUUACGUCAAAAAAACACAGUUUCACUCUUCAGGGCAAAAGUGCCAAGUACAUGUAUGUGUAUCAAUGAUUUGGGGGCAAAUCUGUGACCUGUGGGACAUGGAAAACUAAAAAAAGACAAGCAAUAAUAUGGACGACAGGUUGAAGAGGCUUGGAAAGCCUCCCAGAAAUGUUGCCAGAUUGAAACAGUAGUAACAUAGAUGUACAGACAUACCAUGACAUCCUGUUAUUGCAUCAGUAUACAGCACGCAAUUUCCUGAGAGUAGCAGGAUCAGGAGUAAAUCCCACACGUACACUGGAUCCUUUAGGGAGGAGCACAGGUUCCCAUACAUGCAAAUGUAUGUGCCAUUUGGACUUCAAACAGCCAGUACUGUUGACCUUCUGCACUUGCUGGAUACACUUGCUACAUCCACUUGCUACAUCCACUUGCUACAUCCACCAGGACUUUAACUGCAUUCGUCAAACUGCAAAUUCACAGAAUACCUGCAAAACUGAGUAAGAUUUUUCCCCUAAAAUUUAGUUUCAGGCCAAAACUAUUGUAUCUUAGGCCAACUUCACUGCAAACAUGUCAAGACAUCUUAUUAAUUUAUUUUAGUUGUGUCUAGGUGUAUAACGGCUAUACAUUUUAGUUUUAGCUUCACUGUGACUUUGUUGUUUGUACAGUAUUUCUGCAGAUAUGGCAUCCAAUGUCAUAGUCCACUCUGUCUUGGGCACAAACAGCAAGGAUCACUUGGUAUGUUCCAUCUGCUCUUGUCGUUUCAAGGAGCCUAAAGUGUUGGACUGUAUGCACAGUUUCUGCCUGAGAUGCCUGCAAGGGUUCAGACAACACCAAGAACCAGAAUGCACCAAGCUAACAUGCCCUCUCUGCAGAUGCGACACCCAGCUGAAAGGAAAUGAUGUUGCUGCUUUGCCUAAUAACUUCACACUAGGAGCCCUAGUGGAGGAAUUCACCAUGCAAGAGAAUCUGCUUGAAGGUCAAGGGUCAGAGAUCAAAUGUCAGAACUGUGAGGAGGGAAAUGAAGCCAUCUCUAGAUGCAGUGACUGUGACAGUUUUUUCUGUCUUGAGUGCAAUAAGGCACAUGCACGGAUGGCUGCGAUGAAAGCUCAUGAAGUGAACGCGAUGGUUCAGCUACGAUCUGGAGAGGUAUCCUUUAGGAGUAAACUCCGAGAGCAGGUUCUAAAAUGUGGCAAGCAUCCAGACCAGAAUGUCACCAUCUACUGCAACACAUGCGAGAAGCUUUCUUGCAUAAUUUGCUCUAUUCAAGAUCAUGAGCAGCACUCACUCAUUAGCCAUGUGGAGGCUUUUGACAAAAGCCAACAGGAAAUUGCCAAAAUGAUCACAAAAGCUAUGAAGAACAAAACAAAAUGGAGCAAAGCAUCUACAGAAGUCGAGAGUAUUCGUGAAACACUGUACAGGAUGUUCACUAGGACUACCGGGAAAAUUUCCACCAAGGCUGACAAGGAAGUCGCCAGGAUUAGGGAAGAGGAGCAAAAACUCAAGCAGGAGGCAGUGAUGAUUUAUAAAGAGAGAGUCAAGACACUAGACACUGUUCAGGAAAUCAAUACUGAUAAGAUAAUCCAUGCUGAACGCACGCUGGAUGAAACAAAACAACUCACCGGUCACCUGCAUGAGAUACUGAAUUUUAAGCUGAAACUACUGCACAACCUCAGAGAACUGACCAUGGAAAAGCCCCAAAGAACCCCAACCGAGUUGUCCUUUAUGGAUUUUGAAGAGUCUAAAUUAAAGUCACUUGCGAUAGGGAGGCUGAUGCCUGACACCAAAGAGAGAUCCGAGCUUAGGACUCUGAUGGCAGACCCAACAAAACCAGAGAUUGUGAGAUGGCAAGAAAAGACUAAAAUAAACAAGUUUGGAAACAGCAAGACUGAGUUCAAAUCUGCAUCUCAUGUUGCAGUGUUCUCUAACUAUGAGGUGGUCAUUGUGGACCUUGAGUGCAAAAACUUGAUUAGCUAUUUCCAAAAAACUCCUCAAUCACCUGCCACCUCAAAAGAACUUGAGAUCCAUGGUCUACAUAACCCAAAGUGUGUAGCAGUGAAUACGGCUGACCAACUGAUUGUUUUGGCUGAUUCAACAGUCCAUAUUUUUAGCAGGGAAUAUAAGCCUCUCUGUAAUUUCAAAACAGGUACUUGUAAGUGGCCAGCAAUGAACCCAACUUGUCUUGCAGUGGAUAAAGAUGAGGUCAUAGCAGUGGGUUAUGAGACGGAGGCUGGCACAUCAGUGCACUCCAAAAAUGGAUGUUUCCUUGGAUGGGUCUCCACUCCAGGGAUAGGUCAUUAUUUGACCACAUACAAAGAAAGCCUUGUGUACAGCAACUCCAAGGAUAGGAAAUUAACACUGGAGAAAUACAAGUUUGCCAGUGGUCAUGGCUUCUCUGGAGAACUUGGUAGCCAUGCCCCUCAGAACUAUGAUCUCUGUGGUGUGUGUUGCGACUGCAACGGCACAACCUUUGUCGCAAUAUCUACGGAUGAAACAGGUGAAAUCCACCAGUACAGUCCUGACUGCAGAUACCUUGGGUGUGUCAUCAAGGGAUGUAAGAAUGUGCGGGGCAUUGCACUCACCCCAAAGGGGGAUCUGAUAGCAGCUGCUGGGAAUUGGAUUCUUGUCUAUCGCCGCUUCUGAUGAAGGCACAGGAAAAAUUGGAAACACGAAAUGCCCAGGGAAAGCAAUGGGUACCAAGACAAUGCAUGUAGGCCUGCAAAUAAAUAAUGAUUAUUUUCUGUUGCGUUCUUUCUUGCUUUACCUUUCUAUUUGGAUCUUGGGAGACAUACAUGUACGCCUUUUGGCGACAGUUUAUUUUGAAACUUUUAUGUUCUCCUGGGUGGCCCGCUGUAUCUUGUGAUUGUCUUGUUUUAUGUUUAAUUGCAAAAAUAAAUAUUAUUAUUAUUAUCAAGUGUAUAGCUUCUUUCUGGUUUGAGCUGGUAUUGCAUGUAUUAAGUCUUACACUGAAUUCAGCCUAAAAGCUUGUCCUUACUCCAUGAGAAGAGAAUGCUAAACUAAUUUGAUAUCACACUUGUUGCAACAAGAUUAAUUCCAAUUAAAAUGUGUAAUUUUUAAAAUGAAUUUAUAGAGCAAAUGCUUGCUGUGAAAUAACAUAUGUUAAAGGUGUACCUGUGGGUAUAUGAACGUAAAUGUUUUUUUAUUUACAAAAACUAUGCAUUACGGUUUAUGACAUGCCCAUCAAGACAUAUUCACAAACAGGUGCAUGCAGGUUUCUACAAUGCUGAUCGCAUCAUACAUCAGCUCAAAGCCCAAACUAAGAGCUGCAGGCACUCCUGUUUUUCAUCUCCGAGAUGAAUAUUUGAGGGGAAAAAGCUUUGAAAGCAACAAAGACAACCACUCACGCAGGGACAGAGAAAAUAAGGAAAUGAAUCAAUACAUAAUGUUGCAACCUCAGCAUAUGUGAACAUGUACCUCUAGAUGUAAAUGCUUGACAAAAUGACUUGCAUCAUCAUGUCUAGAAAAACAAGUGUUUAAAGUAUUUUUACCCAAUAUUUCUUUUCUGUGGAAUUUCCACACAAGCUGUUGGCUUCUUAAGAAUACAUACUUCACUGCUUUCCCUCGGUGCUCUGUAAUUACCGUUUUUUAAAAUCAGCCUGUACCCUAUAUGACUUCGUGUUUAUACAUGUAGGUUUUUCAUUAAAGCAAUGUACUGUACAUGUAAGUCAGUUGGUUGGUUGGUUGACAGGGUUAGUUUAAAAAUUCGAGUCACAAAUAAAGUGUAAACAUUUCCUUUCCCCAACAACUUGCAAAUGUUGAACAAAUAUGUUAAUGUCCAAAGCAAAGCUGUGUACCGCUACUUAUGCACAUUAGACUGGUUUGUUGGCCAUGCAUGUGUUUAUGCAAACUGAGGAACAACAAAUAUAUAAAACUGUAAAUUUUUGAAAGGAUUUUUCUUUAGGGGUGGAGUGGUAUGGAGUACUAUUCUCUGCCCUUCUUGAAGGCAUGUGACUGCAGAGUUUGGUAAAAAUAUGGGAAUUCAGAAGUCAAGACACUUACAUUACAUUAAAAGUUGCACAGUUAAACCUACAGAGAAAAUUGGGACUAUUUGCCAAUUUUGAACUAUUUUGAGACAAAUACCAAUUUUUCCAUCAAAUGAAAGAUUGUGCACUUACAUUCUGAAGACAAAAACCACUCACAACUAAUCCCAUCUUUCUUGUUGCAAAUUUAUUCUGGACCCCAUAUAACAGGUAUUUGACUUUGACGCAUGUUGAAUGUUUUCCCAAAUACACUGGUAUCUUUUUCUUAAUUAGACAGUUAUACAUGCAUGUAUUUCCACCUUAAACACUGUAGGUUUAACUUUUAUUUUCAAAUUCAAUUUGGUGCGAAAAAUAAGUUGAACAGUACUGCCUUGGGCCAAAGCAAUAAAUAUACCUAAAGAACAUGUAAAGAAAUGAAAAUGCAUUGCAUGCUACAUACAUGUACAAGUAGUUUUGAAAAAGGGGCAAUAAAGCUGUUUAGCAUGUCAAUCUGAA